UCGCUUUGUAAUCUUCAUCCAAUGUGCUUUCAUAUUUUAGCGCCCUAAAAAGUCAAACCGGAAGAUUACGAGAAAUAUCAAAGAUGUCGUUCCUGAAUCUACAACAUCGAUGGCAACCGAGGUUCGCCUUCUCGCGUCAUAUUCCAAGCAUUAGAACAGUGUUGUCAGAAUGAUGGAUGGGGGUAGCGUUCAUGUUCAUUCCUGCUUUCCUUGAUCUUCGAUCGUAAUGUUCCUUGGUGUCUUCUCAUCCAUUCCGAAGGGGACAGUCGUCAGGUGCAUAACGGUUGUUCCGAGUUUUCUUUUUUUCAACUUAUUAUUUCGUAUUUUGUAUUUCACUCAUUUUUGCAAUUGGCCGUAUCGAACCUAAAAGGGAUCGGGUGCCAUUAAACACUAAGAAGAAGAAGAAGAAGUGUCUUCUCAUCACUCUGCGCGUUAAACUCGUGUACACUUGCUCUCUCUCGGACAAUCCCGAAUUGAUGAAGUCACCCACAUCAAUGAUGCAUCGCGACGCAUCGACCAGCCGAGCUGUCGGCACUGUCGGUGUGAACGAUGGCAUGAGCAACGCGGAGACCUACGACGAGGAUGUAACCGAUCAACCAAUCGAUUACAAGGAGUACCUCGAGAGGAACACCUCGGCACAGAACCGACUGGGUGAUGGUUCGCGGCGGAGCAGAGCGUCCCGCGUCUCCAAGAAGGAUUUCGACAGCGAGCGGGGCGCCGACAAGGUCGACCUGUUCGGGGAUUACGCCGAGACCGACCUCGAUCAGCCGACCGAUUACAGUCUGCGCUAUGCUGAGGAUGACACCGACGAGGACGAGAAACAGAACGCCGAGUACUUCCACGGCAGCGAACAGGAGGACACCAUCAAGACUUACUGCACGGAGGGCACACCCUACGAGACGCCCUUCAACUUCUCCACGGCUACCUCCAUGUCAGACCUGCGGCUUGAGGACGGGAAAGAGAACGUGUAUCUCGUGAAGAAGUUGUCAAAGAAAGCGCUCGAAGUGGUCGACAAGGUCCCUGCGUCGACCUUCAAGCAGGCAGAUUCGCUUGAUUGUGCUGAAUCGGAUAACGAUGUUCUAGCAACGAAGGAAGAGAAUCCGAAGGACACGGCGAUUCUCAAUCCUGGACAGGUGACGCCGGAGAAGAUAGUGAGUUAUUAUGAGGAGGAGACGCACGGAUUCUCGCGUGCCAAUUCGCUUAGCUCACUAAGUAGCGCAGUGACCCCGCAGAAUAAUAUUCCAGGAGUUAUGUCGAAGGUAGAUUCAUCUGCUUCUGUGAGCAAAGAAGAAUUGAGGAACGACGAUCAGGACAUUUUGGAUCACAAUCAGAUAGAAUCACCUUCGGAGAAUGAUUCUGCUGAAAACAAGCAAGCUACAAGUGAUCUGCUGGACAAGGAAGGAAAGAUGGUGAAAUUUAGUAGCUGUGAUUAUUAUGCAGAGGAGACACCCUUGAUGUUUUCGCGUUGCAGUUCGCUGGGUUCGUUAAACGGAUUCGAGCAGCAUUCCAUUCACGAUGACCAUAGUUCUGUGCUCAGCGAUUUUAGCCGCAGGACUAGUGGCGCAAUCUCUCCCAGCGAACUACCAGACUCACCUACACAAACAGUUCUGCCCAGUCCGCGUAAUAAAACCCAGAGCGCAGAGUUUAUGUCAAAGAUACAAGGAGAAGCAGUAAGACCAUCACUCCGGCAUUUAUCCUUUUCUAAACCGCAAAUCGCGAGGAGCAGUGUCUUCGAGGAUGCGGUUGCCACCUUCAAGGUAGAACUGACGCCGAGUGAAUUCUCCAAUGCGACGAGUUUGAGCUCUCUCACGAUCGACCACGAGAUCAAAAUACCUGACGACAUCAAGGUGCACGAUAGAUCGGAAGAACCGACCGAUACGAAUGACAAGGACGUCAGUCAACUUGAGACGGAUAUGCUAAAUAUGACGAUAAAUAGAGCUGAAAGUAAAACGAAAGAGGAGCAAGUAAGUGACGGCGACGAAGAUGACGAAGACAUGCUGGCUGCUUGUAUUAAUAUGGGAAUGCAAACUAACAGGUUCAGGCAGUCGCUCAAGACACUCAAUUCUCAGAAAUCUACGCAGUCCGAGUCGCCGGGUAUUUUAGUGUCGUAUCAGAGGAAUUCCGUAUCGAACAGAUUGGAAUCGCACGCAACUCCCGUCGAGACACCCAUCGAUGCUUCAAAGAUGAAUAGACCAGCCAUGGAAAUUGUCGCUUCUGAUACUGUUCACGUGUACUGUACAGAAGAUACGCCCGCGGAUAUCUCUCCGGUAGGAUCUCAGACGAAUCUGUCGGCUCUGUCGAUGCCGAGCGUGCAGGAAGACGUGGAAAAGACUGAACUUGACAAAUCAGCGGAGCUUGAUUGUCACAGAAACGAUUCGUUCGAUGAAGGUUCCAAUCUUUCGGGUGAGGAUGAGAAGAUACUGAACGAGUGCAUUCAAUCCGGCAUGCCUAAGAUGAGACAAAUAACUCCACCCCCUAUAAACGGCAUCUCCUUCGUCAAGAAACCUGAGACACUGCCGCACAAGUUUAACGUCUACGGUACGCCGUCAUCUUCGCCCGUUGAGAUAAAUCACGGCAACAAGAAUCCUAUACUAGGCAAGCUACCGACUAACGCGUCAUUGCGGCAUCUGGACGAAUUUUUGGAGGACAGCCCGAAUCAGUCGGACGAUGAGGCGAUCCUGACAGAAUGCAUAGAAUCUGCAAUGCCAAAGGCAAAAUUCAGUGCAUCGCCGUCAAUUAGACCUCCGAUACCGCAAACUAUAGAUAAUUCCAAGGCGAUGAACGUACGAAUGUACUCCCCCGCUUCGUCAGUAUUCUUUCAGCCAGAAUACAUGGAGCAAAGAAAAACUGCCACGAAGAAGCCCGUACCCUUCGAAGACAACGUCGGACUCUUGGAGGAAGAGGAAGAAAUCAUGUUGGCGCAGUGUAUUAGAUCUGGCAUGCCUAAAGCAUCGAGUUCCAUGUCCACGACAAUGGCGCCCGCGAUGAAGAAAUCUGUACUAGUGCCUAACAAAGCAGGGGCCACGGGGGUUUUUCCCGUCUCUUCGUCUCCCUAUUUCACCAACAAGCCUUAUCCGGGCGCGGUCAAGAACGUCGCGCCACACUCAUCGUCGUCGUUGUACAGGUCCACGAGUAACCUCAACCCGGUGGAGAUGCGUUUCGCCUUGAGAAACGCGCUGGGCUAUAACUGUUUCCCUAGAAAGUCGACGAGCAACGCGGCAACGCAGAUCAUGAGUGAGACGUUGAGAAACUGUGAUAGUGACGCACGUGAGAGAGUAACCAAGCCGUACUGCGCCAGAAGAUCGUCGUCGCUGCCACCGUCGCACCAUAAUCAGCAUCACCAGCAUCAUCAUCACCAUCAUCACCACCAUCAUCACCAUCACACGGGGAGUGAGAAUGACAAUUCCAUCGAGGCUCGUCUUACCUCAGUGCCGGUGCGAUCGCACUUCAAGUACGGCACACCGGUGAUCUUCAACAGCACGGAGAGCUACGAUGAUUAUCUCUACCGGAAUCCGAUGAAGUCCAAUGCGGCGCCGGCGCCGUCGCGCUACAGUGUGGAGAACUCCCUGAACGAGGACGGCUCGCCGAUGAUCGCCUCGGACGAGUGGUCCUUACUAGAGGUGUGCAUCACUUCUGGCAUUCCUAGAAACAAGUAUCGCGUCAAGGGAGCCAAAGCCGGUAGCGAGGGCGCGAUAUCCGGCCGCAGUGACGAUUGCGAGCCGAUCCCGGAGGACCAUUAUUCCGUGUGCAGUUACAACUCUUACGUCUGCAAGACGUAGCACUUGGCGACCGUCGCGUCGCGUCACGUAAUUCACGACGACGUGCACACAUUGUGUUAAAGACUAAGUAUUUUUGUACAUUAAUUAAUAAAAAAAAAACAGUUGCAGUUACUUUCGGAAUGUAAAAAUUGAUUUUGAAUUGAUUCGAAUAGAUCACGAAUGGAGGAUGCGAGUGAUCGUUGCACAGCUUGUUCAUCAUGUCACGGCGCACGUACGAACAAGUGUUCUGUAAGUGAAUCUGUUGAAACAUUUAUAUCUAAGGUGCUAAGAAAACAUACGUUACAAGAUUCAGUUGCAAUAAUCUGAAUAGCAUAAAUUAAAUGGAUGACCGCAUCUUGCCGGAAAAAGAAAAGUGUACUAACAAUUAAAUAAAACAAUUAAUUUUUACGAA